AAAGCAGCUGAGUCAAAAGCCUCCACAGAUGCCUGGAGCAGUCUGUGACAGACAUCCUUGCAACAGCCAUCUCAAAGCCUCCCGUGGAGAAAGUGCCCACUAUGAAACUGGCCCUUCAAGCCACACUCUCCCUUGGACUACUGGCAUUGUGUCUUGCCACUUCCCCAGUAAAAUGGUGCACAACAUCAACCGCUGAACAGGAAAAAUGUUCAAACCUGCAGAGGUGCCUUAACAAGCAACAACUCCCAAAUUUGCCACAGUUUGGCUGUGUGAGGAAGACUGAUUAUUUAGAUUGCAUAAGAGCAAUCGCGAACAAAGAAGCAGAUGCUAUUACUCUAGAUGGUGGCCAGAUUUUUGAUGCAAACCUGCACCCUCACAACCUGAAGCCUGUAAUAGCUGAAGUUUAUCGUAGAAUUGAUGGAGAUAAGCACAGCUACUAUGCUGUAGCUGUGGUGAAGCAAAACACUACAAAGUCAUUUGCGGAUCUCAAAGGGAAUAAAUCUUGCCACACUGGCUGGGGCAGAUCUGCAGGUUGGGUUGCUCCAGUGGGGAUGCUUCUGGAGAAAAACUACACGAUGUGGGAGGGAAAAGAAAUAGAACCAGUGGAGAAAGCCGUAGCCAGGUUUUUCUCAGCCUCCUGUGUCCCAGGAGCUCCUAAAGAAGAACCAAAUCUGUGCCGUUUAUGUGCUGGGACAGGUUCAGAAAAAUGUAGCCGGAAUGAUCCUUUCGCUGGCUAUUCAGGAGCUUUUGAGUGUCUGAGAUCUGGAGCUGGAGAUGUGGCCUUUGUGAACCAUGACACUGUACUAGCUCUCAGUCCAGAAGAAAGGGCAAAGUAUGAGCUGCUCUGUACUGAUGGCACAAAGAGGCCUAUUGAAGAGUAUCAUCUCUGUUACAUUGCUAAAGUUCCUGCUCAUGCUGUGGUGGUACGAAAUGAUUACACCGGAGUAGAUGACAUCUGGGCACUUCUCUCCUAUGCAGAGGACCAGUUUAAGAACCAUGGGCGAGCAGAAUGCCAACUUCGAGGCUCCCCUGCCGGCUCCCCCAAAGACCUCUUGUUUAGGGACUCUGCUGUCAACUUUGUCCGUAUUCCUAAAUCGAUUGAUGCUAAGCUUUACCUGUCUUAUGAGUUUUAUACUUCAGUUCAGAAUCUCAGAAGAGAGAGACCUCCUGCUCCUGCAACAGACAAGAUUGCAGAAAAGAUUGUAUGGUGUGCUGUUGGCAAGCCUGAAAAGACAAAGUGUGAUAUAUGGAGUGCACUGAGCGAUGGUCACAUUGAGUGUGCUGUGGGUGACACUACAGAACACUGCAUUAUCAGCAUCUUGAAAGGUGAGGCUGAUGCAAUGAGCUUGGAUGGAGGACACGUGUACACUGCAGGAAAGUGUGGCUUGGUGCCAGCCAUGGCAGAAGUUUACAAAAUUGACCCAGCUGAGCCGAAUCCAUGUGACAAUACAGAAAUACCGGCAACAGUUAAAGGCUAUACUGCUGUGGCUGUUGCCAAGAAGGAAAAUGAGGGCAUCACAUGGCACACUCUGAAAGGAAAGAAGUCUUGCCACACUGGUGUUGAUAGAACUGCUGGCUGGAAUAUCCCCAUGGGCUUGAUUUAUAAACAGAAUAAUAGGAGCUGUGACUUUGGUAAAUUCUUCAGUGAAAGUUGUGCACCAGGAGCACCAAAUGAAUCUCCACUCUGCAAGCUGUGCAGGGGCUCUCAAGCUGGCGUCCCGGAUUCAUACAAAUGCAAACCAAACAGCAAUGAAAGAUACUAUGGCUACAACGGUGCUUUACGGUAGGUAACUUUGGUAUUAAAACCA